GAGUGUCUCAGAAGAAAAAAGUCCACUCCACAAAUUAUUUCUAAAAAAAAAUCAGAAAUCGCCGGAAAAAUACUGAUAAAUCGAUCAUUACCGAUUAAAUAAAUUCCAUAAAUUUUUCCACGUUCCCUUUUAAUAACUGAAUAAAAAAAUAGAAUAAUAGAAAAAAUUUUGUGGAAAGAAUUGAAAAUGGAUAUAGAUUUGAAGGAAUUUAGGACAGUCCUGGGCACCGCCGGCAAGAUGCAAGUAACCGAUAUAAUAAAAACACUCGUAAAAACAUUUACGAGAAAGAAAAUGGUAAGUGCGGCAGGGGAGUCUGGCCUAGUCCGAUGUUUAUCCACUUUGGACUUGACAGCCCUAGGAAUAGGCUCUACCCUAGGAGUCGGUGUCUACGUACUCGCUGGAAAAGUAGCUAAAGAUGUUGCCGGACCGGCUGUCGUCAUUUCCUUCGCUAUUGCAGCAAUUGCCUCAAUGUUCGCGGGUCUUUGCUACGCGGAAUUCGGGGCCCGAGUGCCCAAAGCUGGUUCAGCCUACGUUUACAGUUACGUAACAAUGGGAGAAUUCAUAGCUUUUUUAAUCGGUUGGACCCUAAUCCUGGAGUACAUAAUUGGUUCGGCGAGUGUCGUCAGAGGCCUAAGCACUUACGUCGACGCAUUAUUCAACAAUUCGAUGAGAAAUGCCUUCGAACAUGCGGCGCACAUUCAAGCCGAUCAUUUCUCACCGUAUCCGGAUUUUUUCGCCUUCGGAAUAACCAUCGUAUUCUCACUGGCAUUGGCUUUCGGAGCUAAAGAGUCAUCCCUGGCCAACAACAUCUUCACGUUCGUCAACUUGGGAGUGGUUUUGUUUGUUAUCAUCGCCGGGAGCUUCAAAGCGGACGCGAAAAAUUGGAAGCUGGAGAACCCGUGCCCGAAAGGUGGUGACGAUUGCCCCAAUGGAAUCGGUGGAUUUGCUCCUUUCGGGAUAUCCGGGAUCCUGACGGGUGCUGCGACCUGUUUCUACGGUUUUAUCGGUUUCGAUUGUGUGGCGACAGCCGGGGAAGAGGCUAAGGAUCCCAAGAAGUCCAUUCCCAUUGCCAUCGUGGCAUCCUUGACAGUCGUCUUUCUGGCGUACUUCGGUGUUUCCACAGUUCUUACAACUGUCAUACCGUAUUACCAGCAGGACGCAGACGCUCCAUUUCCCCACUUGUUCGAUACCAUCGGAUGGAGUUGGGCCAGGUGGAUGGUGUCCAUUGGGGCCAUCUGCGGACUCUGCUCCAGCCUCCUCGGUGCAAUGUUCCCACUGCCGAGGGUCAUUUACGCAAUGGCCAAUGACGGACUCAUCUUCAAGUGGAUGGGAACUGUCAAUCCUAGGUUCCAUACACCCCUCAUGGGCACUUUGUCAGCUGGACUUUUGACAGGGGUUCUAGCUGCGAUUUUCGAGCUCGGACAAUUAGUCAAUAUGAUGAGCAUUGGAACUCUUCUCGCUUACUCGAUCGUUGCGGCCUGUGUUUUAAUUCUCAGGUAUGAGGAGAGUGAGGCAUACGAAAAACGAGACAAUAGGGAGCCAAAAACUUUAGAAUACACAUUAAAACAGCUGUUGAAUCUGAAUAAUCUCCACAUGUCCACGAAAUUGACGAGUCGAAUCGUCAGUUGGCUGGUCUUCGUCUACGUCAUUUUGUGUUUCUGCACAACUGGAAUCAUCAGGACCUUCUCCGGAGAAAUAAUGAGAGGAAAAGUCUGGCCAAUUAUUCUCCUCGUAGUUGUCCUGAGUUGUCUUGCAAUUGCAGUUCUACUAAUUCAUCUUCAACCGAAAUCCGAAAAAAAACUGAACUUCUCGGUACCAUUAGUGCCAUUCCUCCCAGCCAUCAGUAUUCUCAUCAAUAUCUACCUCAUGGUGAUGCUGGACAUCAUGACCUGGAUACGAUUCGUCGUGUGGAUGGUUUUAGGUCUUUCAAUUUAUUUUUUCUACGGCGUAUGGCACAGCACCCACAGAGAAAAUUCCACGAGCUCUGAGACGACGUAACAAAUACUCUGUAAAUACUCUGAUAAAUAAACUAUUUGACAUUCCUGUAAAAAAUGAGGAUGACUCAAAUUUCGAUGGAACAGAUUUAUUAAUUUUCAUUAAACUCUGAGAAAAAAACUCUUCUCAUUCGAUCGAGUGUACAACAAAUAUGAAACGGAGAAAAUAGAUUAUAUAUUCUUAAGUGAUAAUCAGGUCUCAGGUACCAGCUUCUAUCGUUAAUAUAUCUCCAGUGAUGUCUAUUUCGUGCUUGCACUGGAGAUUGAAAAGCCUCGAAUACUUUUUCUUUGGCUAUCAGAUAUAAAAAGGGAAAUCAGACUUUACGAUCAUUUUUAAGCACAAGUUGUGCAUGAGAUCACAUCAACACAUUUAAUGCAGUACAUUCCAAACUUAUUUUAAUAAAUAAUUAUAAAUACUUCACGUUUUUCAUAAAGAACCACAAAUCACAAAUGAUUAAUCGACUUCAUUAAUGAGAGUUUAUCUGAUACUUUUCCAUCCUUUGCGCUUAUUACGGACGGAUUAAAUAUAUUUUCAGGAUUUAAUACUCAUCAAUUUUUUAAUCCUUAUCAAAUACUCCGAGAGAUGAAAGAAUAAUUUCCCACCGGAAUAAUACAUCCCAAAAAUUGAUUAACAUCAAUAUUAUGAAAUGCUCAUAUCAUUAUAAAAUCCUCUCAGAAAAUAAUUUCUCAUCUCACCCAUCGGGACAAAGUUUCAACAUUUUUUUGGACGUGAAAAUUCCUUAAUUUCUGCCUAGCCUAUUCUUGAACAUCUCAGCAAAAAAAAAUCUCAAUCCUUUUUCUCUCCUUCUCCCAUCCACAAAACGAAAAAAAAACGAACAAAAAAAA